AUGAGGCGCCGGCUCAGUUCAACCGCUGCGGCGGUCACCAUAACCGACCCCCUCGUCAAGUACCAAUCCCUGGUCCAAACAGGUGUCUAUCUUCCCGAUCCGGCCCAGCACCGAUUGGCUCUCCACCUUCAGAAGCUUUACAAGAGGCUCAAGGACUAUGUUCCGUCACCAGAGUACCGUUCUCGUCUUCGGCAGGUGACAAAGACCGUCGAGGCUUCUCGGUCCACCGUCGGCGACGACCUGGCAGCCCCAGGCCACCCGCUCCGGAGGAACCCGUUGUUCGCCCGCUUCUUCAGGCCGGAUGAAGAGGCUCAGGCGAGCGCCGAUGCAAAGGCGCUCACCCGUGUCCUGACAAGCCACCAAGCCGCCCUCGAGGCGGACUCGCCGCGUGGCCUGUUCCUCUCGGGCGAGGUGGGCACCGGCAAGUCUAUGCUCCUGGACCUGUUGGCCGACGGGCUGCCCACGCGGCUGAAGCGGAGGUGGCACUUCAACACAUUCAUGCUGCACGCCUUUGCGCGGCUGGAGCAGUACCGACGGCAGCAGGGCCUGAGCGGCGGCAGCGGCGAUGAUGCAACCAACUACUCGCUCAUCUGGCUGGCCAAGGAGAUGGUCGAGUCCAGCCCCAUCCUGUUCCUCGACGAGUUCCAGCUGCCAGACCGUGCGGCGAGCAAGCUCCUCAGCAACCUCUUCAUUGCCUUCUUCCAGCUUGGAGGGGUUCUGGUGGCGUCGUCCAACCGCGUGCCCGAGGAGCUUGAACGUGCUUCUGGUGUCACCUUUACGCCGCCUGCCGUCGGUGGCCUGGUUCACCGGCUUUUUGUGAGCAUGGGAGCCACGAACCCAAAGAGAAGUGGCGAGCUCUUUGGUUCGUCGAGCGACUUCGCCGCAUUUCUUGAGGUUCUCAAAGCCAGGUGUGACUUCUUCCACAUCGAGGGAGCCAAGGACUGGAGGCGGAGGGACGAUGCGAGCGAUCUGGGUGCUGCAUUUUCUGCUAGGCAGCAUCGAUUACCGGCACUUAGUGAGUUUUCUCAGGCCAGAGCGACAGGCAAUGUUGAAGAAAGUGCUACAUCAGAGCCGUUCACAAAGUCGGAGCAGGAACCUAAGAGUAUCUUGCCACGCAAGUAUUUCUUGAGCUCUGAAGUAGAUGGUACGAAUGACGUGCUACUCACUUCUGAAAUGGCUCUGGCAGACUGGCAACCAGCAGAGUUGUCAGUGUACGGCCGGCGCGUUGUGGUGCCCAAGCAACACGACGGCGUUGCUCUAUGGAUGUUCGAGGAUCUCGUUUCGUCUCUGGGACCAGCCGACUAUAUAACCUUGGCCUCAAACUAUCAUACUUUUAUUAUCGACAAUGUACCAGUCCUGCCGACAUCUAAGAAAAAUGAAGCACGAAGAUUUAUCACAUUUCUGGACGCCCUGUACGAGGCUCGUUGUAAGCUCGUCAUAAGGGCUCAGGCGGGACCUGACGACAUCUUUUUCCCAGACAUGAGGCUAUCCAAAUCUUCCAAUACUGCCGGUAGCGACAAAGACACCAUCGCACCGGUUGAGGACGGAGACGCCACAUACUCCGAGACCGUUGCCGAGGUGUACCAAGACCAGCUGGCACCCUUCCGACCCAACAUAUCUACCUACGAAUCCGAAGCACGUACGUCAAAGUACGACCCGGACCAAGACUCGGAUUUUGGCCUGGACGACUCCCACAACCCCAGGCCCGGAAUGUCGGUGCACGGCAACAACCAUGCGGUGAACUUCGCAGACGCCGGCGCCUUCACUGGAGAGGAUGAGCGUUUUGCCUACCGUCGGGCAGCCAGCCGGCUCUGGGAGCUCUGCAGCGCCAGGUGGCAUGCGCGUGGGGAGCCUGGGUGGUGGCGGCCGCUCCCUUUAGAGGCUAGACACUGGGAGGGAAGGUCUGUCACCAAACCGAUGGGUCCGCAUACUCAUUUGAAUCAUCGAAUCGGCCUCAAGACAGAUGCACAUAUGGGACCAUCAGUUGCAUUGGACGAGCCGGCAGGUCUCGAGCGCUUCAGGCUCGCAGAGUUGAGGAAGGCAGGCUCCGAACCAGGUAAUUAA